AAUUCAGGCCACAGUCAUCCUACGAACAGGGCUGGAGUAUAAUUCUCGCCCGGAAGAAUAAUUUAGCUCAAGAUGAGACAGCAGUGGCGAGGGAAGGGCAGUGGGGGUGGGGCGUGGUGGAUGGGGGCGUCUGCUUUCCACGGGACUCCCAGGCUUCGCCGCCGAUCUACAAUUUGCUGAAGGAGCAAAGAACAUCCUCGGCUCUAAGUAGGGCUUUUAGUGUGCUCAUUGAUGAGUGAAAGUCGCCACACAUGUCAAGCUAAAGGCAGUUGUUGGGUUACUAACAGGACCCAGCGCCUUGCAAACAUAUGCGCUAAGCUGUGUAUACAGAUGGCAGGCAGAAUAAUGGAGCAGGCGCCUUUUAUAAAGCUCUAGCUGCUGCCUGUCUUCAGACCUGGGAAAUGAAACUAUUCAGACUCGCGGCCAGAUAGCGCCUGCGAUUGUUUGUUACCGUUUUAAUCCUAUUAAUUAAAACGUUAACCUGAUUGGGUAGAAAGCGCUGUCCCAACAGGCGAGUCUUCUUCAUAAUAACCUACUCAGAGAUAAUGAUGUAAAAGACUCCCCCGUCUGUGGCGGCGGCUGGUUGAUGGGUCCGGAAAUCUCUUGAAGGUGAAUCCAAGCAAGAUAAACGGUGCGGAGAGGAGGCGCGGGGCUGGGCUCAGAGCGGCGGCGGCAGCGGCGGCGGCUCCACUCCCUCCGCGCCCACCCUCCCACCAUGCGGGGCCGCGGCCCAUGGUGAGCCCCAGCAGCCAGCACCAUCGGCUGGAGACGAAGAAGAAGAAGAAGAGGAGGCGGCGAGCGCGGGGGAAGGCGAAAAAGAAAAAGAAGGGGAGAGGACCGCCAGCAGCACCGGGACCGACGCGCGCACCAGCCCCGGAGCCCGGCUCGGGCGCGUCUGCGGCGCCGCCCGACUCCCGAGCCGAGGCGGCGGCGGCCGGCGGGGCGGGCCGGGGCUGCGCGCCGGCGCCGGACGAUGGAGCGCGGGCUGCACCUCGGCGCGGCCGCCGCGGGCGAAGACGACCUUUUCCUGCACAAGAGUCUGAGCGCCUCCACCGCCAAGCGCUUGGAGGCGGCUUUCCGCUCCACGCCCCCGGGCAUGGACCUGUCCCUGGCGCCGCCGCCCCGGGAGCGCCCGGCGUCGUCCUCCUCGUCGCCCCUGGGCUGCUUCGAGCCGGCUGACCCCGAGGGGGCAGGGCUGCUGCUGCCGCCGCCUGGGGGAGGCGGCGGCGGCGGCGGCGCGGGAGGUGGCGGUGGCGGCGGGGUGGGCGUCCCCGGGCUGCUCGUGGGCUCUGCCGGCGUGGGGGGCGACCCUAGCCUGAGCAGCCUGCCGGCUGGGGCCGCCCUGUGCCUCAAAUACGGCGAGAGCGCGAGCCGGGGCUCGGUGGCCGAGAGCAGCGGCGGCGAGCAGAGCCCCGACGACGACAGCGACGGCCGCUGCGAGCUGGUGCUGCGGGCAGGAGGGGCCGACCCGCGGGCCUCCCCGGGCGCGGGAGGCGGCGGCGCCAAGGCGGCCGAGGGCUGCUCCAACGCCCACCUCCACGGCCUCGCCGGCGCCCCCCCGGGGGGUCCCGGCGGCGGCAGCGGCGGGGGUAGCAGCAGCGGGGGCGGCGGGGGCGGCGGCAGCAGCAGCAAGAAAUCCAAAGAGCAAAAGGCGCUGCGGCUCAACAUCAACGCCCGGGAGCGCCGGCGGAUGCACGACCUGAACGACGCGCUGGACGAGCUGCGCGCGGUGAUCCCUUACGCGCACAGCCCCUCGGUGCGGAAGCUCUCCAAGAUCGCCACGCUGCUGCUCGCCAAGAACUACAUCCUCAUGCAGGCGCAGGCCCUGGAGGAGAUGCGGCGCCUAGUCGCCUACCUCAACCAGGGCCAGGCCAUCUCGGCCGCCUCGCUGCCAAGCUCCGCGGCCGCGGCGGCGGCGGCCGCUGCCUUGCACCCGGCGCUCGGCGCCUACGAGCAGGCUGCCGGCUACCCGUUCAGCGCCGGGCUGCCCCCGGCCGCCUCCUGCCCGGAGAAGUGCGCCCUGUUCAACAGCGUCUCCUCCAGCCUCUGCAAACAGUGCACGGAGAAGCCUUAAACACCGCCCCCCCCCCCGCCCCGAAAAACACAAGAGCGACCCAAAAGCUAGAGGAAAGUGAAAAGCUGCCCUCCACCCACUUUUUUUUUGGUCCUCUCCUAGUUGUGAAACACUUGCAGAGCAAAGCAGAGGCGAGAACUGAGGAGGAGUAUCAGAGACAAACCGGACUCUUAGCCUUGACAUCCCCAGAAUCUCGGUCUUUGGGGUGGGGAGGGAGGGAGGAGGGAGGUGCAGUUUGGACGGAGUAUGGAUGUCUUUUUUCUCAGAAAAGUGGCAACUUUGGUGGCAGCCUAGACCGCAAGGAAGCAGAGUUUUCCUUUAAGCUUAAAAAUAAGUGGAGAAGUAGUCGCUUGGUUAUUAAGCGUGGAGAGUAUGAAAUGGCAAAAUACUAAUCUUACUAAUAAGUGUGAAUUUGGCUGGUGCUGAGAGGGAGAGGAGGAGUCCGGGGUUGGGUGGCGUGUGGGAUGGAAUAUUCAUUCAGACAAAUCAGAAAGGGCACUUGAAAAUAAAUUUUGAUUCUGAGCCAGGAGAAACACUUGAAAUGUAGACUUAUUUAAGUGAAAAAAGAAAAAAAAAAAAAAACUCAACCAGAAAGAGACACGUUGCUAUGAAAGACUUGUAUUUUUUAUUGUCUCUGAACUUUAAUCCUGUGAAAAUGCUCAAAAGUUUUGGCAAGAGUGAUAUAAAAAACUGACUGUGGCUGAAAGGAUUGCAUUAAAAAAUAUUUAUGUGCACCUUGUUACCUUCCACUCUGCAAUGAUGUAUUAACAAGUCAUAGUAUUUAUUUGUUAUUCUUCAAUGACCCUUCCACAUCAACAGUAUUUAUCAUGUGUUAAGGUCAUGGGUCUUGUGUGCAGAUUUUUUUUUAAUGCCUCUAAAAUUCUGUUUUAUAGAUUAACUUAUACUGUGUGCCAAGUGUUUAAAAGGUUUAUUUGCCAACAAGUAUGAAGAGACAUAUUGAUGUAUCUGGGCUGCUUAGGUUUAUCAAAGAUCACCUGGAUAUUUUCAGUUGCAUCAUCCCUGUAUUUAAAUUGAGCUUUAAUAAAUUGCUUCAGUCCAAAAAUUA